CCUGCCCCGACCCCGCCGCAGCGCCGUCGCCAUGGCCACCCGCCGCCACCUGUCCCCCUCGUCGGACAGCGAGGAGCCCUCCUACACCGAAGCUACCGCGCUGUUAAAAGAGAAGAGCCCGGAACCUAUCGAUGAAGAGUCCAGUUUGCCGAAACUGAAGUAUCCGAAGUCCGUAUUUUUCAUAAUCGUCAAUGAAUUAUGCGAAAGAUUUUCUUACUAUGGAAUGCGAAAAUUCAGUGAUUGUUGGUGCACUGGCCACUGAAACAAUUCUGGUGCUGUACCUGACAUCUAUAUUGACAUACAGUGAAGAUGAUGCAACAGUUAUUUAUCAUAUAUUUGCUAUGUUCUGUUACUUUUUCCCUGUCCUUGGAUCCAUGAUUGCUGACAGUUGGUUGGGAAAAUUCAAAACAAUAUUCUUCCUGUCAAUCGUGUAUGCUAUUGGAAAUAUUAUUAUAUCUCUGGCAUCUGCGAGUUCCACCAUUGAUAUACCUGGAAGGACGCUUACUAUAAUAGGCCUACUUCUCAUUGCUUUUGGCACUGGAGGAAUAAAACCAUGUGUCUCAGCAUUUGGUGGAGAUCAGUUUAUACUCCCUCAACAAGAGAAGCAAAUGGCCCAGUUCUUUUCCUUCUUUUAUUUUGCUAUAAACUCUGGAAGUUUGAUAUCUACGUUUCUCACACCUGUAUUACGUGAAGAUGUCCAAUGUUUUGACCAAUCCUCAUGCUAUCCACUGGCAUUUGGCGUGCCCGCUGUACUUAUGAUUGUUUCAAUACUUGUGUUUGUUGCCGGUAAAAAUCUUUAUAUCAUUAAGAAACCUCAAGGAAAUGUUGUGAUGCAAGUUUCUAAAUGUAUGGGUCAUGCUAUAGGACAAAAAAUUAAAUCCAAAGGACCAAAAAGGGAUCAUUGGCUGGAUUAUGCCGAUGAUCAAUAUGAGAAAAAGGAGAUUGAGGACAUUAAAUCAGCUUUGAGAGUACUGUAUCUCUAUUUGCCAUUGCCGUUCUUCUGGGCUCUGUUUGAUCAGCAGGGCUCUCGAUGGACUUUCCAAGCAACGAUGAUGACUGGUGCUCUCGGAAGUUGGUCUCUGAAACCUGACCAAAUGCAAGUGGUUAAUCCACUUCUAAUUCUUAUAUUCAUACCCAUAUUUGAGUCCAUCAUUUAUCCCUUACUGAAGAAAUGCAAUCUCCUUACUAAACCACUUCAGAGAUUGGGUGUUGGAGGAGUACUAGCUGCAAUAGCAUUUGGAAUUUCCGCCAUUGUUGAGCUACAAUUAGAGGGUUCUUAUCCUGUUCUUCCUGGUUCUGGACAAGCUCAAUUAAGAGUUUUUAAUGGCCUUGGUUGUGAAGUUCAAGUAAACCUCGUGAGACCAGUAGACCCGUUGUCUCAGAAAAUAGAACCCUAUGGAUCAUGGCGGCUUCCCCAUUUGAGUGCGAAUGGGAAAGAUAUGGUCGCUAUGCAAUAUGCAAAUUGCGAUAAUGAAAUAAAAGUUACAACAGUCACCGUAGAAGAAAAACAAAAUUUAGUAGUACAUACAAUUACUUCAGAAAAUAAAGUACAUAUGCUUUGGCUUAUCCCUCAGUACGUGGUUAUGACCAUGGGAGAAGUAAUGUUUUCUAUCACUGGCUUGGAAUUUUCUUAUUCUCAGGCACCUCUAAGCAUGAAGUCUGUAAUGCAAGCUGGAUGGUUGCUUACUGUUGCAUUUGGAAACUUAAUUGUAGUUAUAAUAGCUGAAGCAAAAUUCUUUGAUCGCCAGCUCUGGGAGUUUGUUUUGUUUGCUGGACUCAUGGUUGUGGAUAUGUUAAUAUUUGCUCUUAUGGCUAUGGGCUAUCAAUAUAUAGAACCUCCUCACGAAAGUCAAGAUCUGCCACUUGAGUCCACUGAGGAAAAACGAGGAAUUGAUAACACAACCUUCAAGAGAGAUGAUGAGUAAUGACCAAUCUAAAUAGCUGACAAAUCUUCUGUAUUUUUAUGUUCAUAGUUGAAAGGCUGUGUAUUCAUAUAAUAUAGAAAAUAUUUUUUAUAAAAUUGAAACAUAAUAGAUCUCUUCUAAAGGAAAGUUCAAACAGUUGAAUUUGAAUACUCAGUGAUGUACUAGAGCUUUCAAGAUAUUUCAAGAUAAUAGGAGUUUUCAAAAUUAUUUUAUUACAUAAGUAAUGUGAAUCAUCAAAUUGGUGCAAGGAAUAAACCUAGCUUUGAACAAGAAUGAGAAUAAUUUUCUAGAUGAAAUGAUUUUGAGUAAUUUAUGAAAUGAUUGUGUUGCUUGCACUUUUUUUAUCUUUUUUCAUUCAAUUUUGAUCUCCUAAAAGAUGCUUUUAUUAUUCAAACUCAAAUACAAAGAAAGAAAUUUUCCAAAUCUGCAAACAAGUCAUUACAUUUUAAAAAGGCAUCCAGAAACCAAAGCAUUUGACUAAAUUUAGUUUUGAUUUAUUUAUAUUUUUCCUUCAUUAUAAAUGAAUGGAAAUUAUUGUAUUUUAUGAAAAUCAAAAAUAUCCUGUUUUGCUAUUAUUUUAUGAUGUAUAUUUACCUUUGGACAAGUCUCUAUAGAUUAAUAUUCAAUGAAUGCCUACAGAAUCAGAGAAUUAUGUGUCAUCAAAGAAACAUUGGAUUUACUUAUUUACUUGCCAGACAGAUGUAUUAGACAUAAAUGUAUGUACAAAGACCAACAUUUGCUCUUCAAUUGUGAUAAAGUGAUAAUUAUAGUGUAUUUUUAUUUGCUGUGAAGAACCACUAAAUACAGUAUAUUUUGUUUAUGAAAUAUUCCCAGUUUGCUUUCUUAUUUCAAUUGAUUGCAAUAGAUUUGUACAUUCAUGUAAAGUGCACUAUUUUAAAUAAUUUUAAUUGAUUUCUCUUUUAAAAUUGAUAUGCUCCCAGUUAUGGAAGGAAUUUACAGCAUCUUAUUACUUGAAAAUUCCUUUAUUGAUAAGUUAUUAUUUAUUUGAUUCCAUUACAAUUUAAAGAAAAUGUGUGAUUCCUAAAUAUUCUCAAUCCAAUUAGAUAUAAAUGUAUAUACAUCACAACACAGUAUUAAAAGUAUACAUUUUUAUUCAAUAUUGCUUUAUGGCAUUUUUAAUGUCAUAGAACAUUAAGAAUACAUCAGGAAAUCAUAAUAAUAUAAUUUUUUGUGCAAUAUAUUGACUUGUAUACUGCUGUGUUUUGGUACCGUUCAGUGAUUUGUAGGGAUUGAAGAAAAUAAAGAUGUUUAUAGAAGGGCAAUGAAUGUGUCAAGAGAAUGCUUAAGAUAUGAAUGUGUUAAUAUGACUAGUCGUUUGUAAAAUUAUUGUAAAUGUAAUAUUAUCAAUAUGGAAAAAUUAAAAAUAUUUUAAAAUAAAGAAAAACAGAAAUAUGCAAGUAUUUUAACUUGAAGUAACAUAGAAAAAAUGUUUUAGAGGUAAUUCAAGUUAGGAUUAAUCUUAUGCCCAU